AUGCCGCUCUCGUCUCGCUCGUCGCUCUCGCCCGCUGUCGUCUCGCUCCUCGCUCUCGCCCGUUCGCCUGAUCGUCGCCUCGUUCCCCUACUCCGCCGUGUCCAUGGCGUUCUCCAGCGGGUAAGGGGUCAGAUCCGGUGGGUUCCGUCCUCAAUCUCCCUGCUUUCCCUCUCUGCCCCAAUCUCCCUCUUCUCUCUCAGAUCUGGUGGUUCCCGCCUUCAAUCUCCAUCUGUUCCCUUGUUCUUCAUCCUUGAAAGUCGAUUGAGACUCGUUCUUAGCAUCCUCGACGCAUCUCUGUCUUCUGUCCGUCGUUCUCAUCGCCGACCGCCGCCACCUCCGGGGCUCCGGUCUCCGUUGAGGUACCGGGGGUGUGCAUCCGGUCCAUCUCAUCGUCGUUUCCGGCGCUCUGGCUCUAGAGCCGUCGAGGAACCAGAGACGGCAAAGAUAGCCCCAGGCAUAGGCGACGCCGAUGAAGGGGAGUUUGAUCACUCCCAGAACGACGAGCUGCGGAUGUGCGGGUUAGCCGGGGAUGAUGAGGAGGACGAUGUCCGCGAGGACUGCGCCGAGCUAUUUGGGCGGUCUGCUGCUGAUCCCCUUCCCUAUGACCAAGAUGCGGUCCCGGUCCACGGGGAAGGGGCCGAUCCCGAUGCCGACGGUGGCGACACAUUGUCCGAUGUUUUGAUGAGUUAG